AAGAAGUACACUGUUGUUGUUGAAGGCAGAGAAGACUGUGGCGACAAGUGGACUUCUCCCCUUUUCAUUUUCCUCAAAGUGUCGGAUUCAGCAAUUAGAAAGUCCCAACUUCGUCUGAUGGAAAUUAUGAAGUUAAGGAGCUGAAUCGCUGAGCAUAUAAUGACACUGAGAAGAACAGCCAUGGGUGCUGAUAAUGUGCUGCUGUUCAUUCUGGUUUGGACUUUCACAGCUGUCUGUCAAGCUGAUGAUGAUGGCUGCAGUGUAAGCUGUAUGAAUGUGACUGGAACUGUGGGUGAAAAAGUAAAUUUCAUCUGUAAUGUCUCUCAGAAGUGCUCUGAAUGCUGCUUUAUAAAGUAUAGGUUUCAAUACCCUGAGAAAUAUGACUCAACAAUCUGUAGAGAAGAUCUUCCUGAGGGCUCCUGUGAACAGAGAAACAACUUCACAUGCAGACACACUCCAACUACAGCAAUGAUGAGACAAUUCAGAUUCUUGGUGCAAACAAUCAAGUGUGGACCAAUAAAAACAGAAUUGACUGUGAACAAAGCAGAUGGUUGCAGUGUAAGCUGUAAAAAUGUGACUGUGGGGAAAGAAGCAAAUCUCACCUGCAGCGUCUCUCAGAACUGCUCUGAAUGCUGCAUUGAAAAAUAUAAGUUUUAUUACACUGAGAACUAUAAUGACAAUAAAUCAAUCUGUAGACAAGAUCUUCCUCAGGACCCUUGUGAACAGAGAAACAACUUCACAUGCAGAUACAAUGCAACUAAAGCAAUGACUGGACGAUUCAAAUUCUUUGUGCAAACAACGUGUGGACUGAAAAGCACAGAAUUCACUGUGGACAUAACAGAGCACAAUAAACAAACUGGCUCUGAAGAUCCUGGAUCUACAGCCCCUAUGUUCACUGGUGCUGUUGUUGGCUGUUUCAUCAUCAUCAUCAUCAUCUUCAUCAUCGGGAUAUCAGUCUCUUGUGUAAAGAGGUUCAAAUGCUCCAACCCUUCUGGAUUACAGAUGAAAUAUGAAAGAGGUGCUUCUGAAGAACCAACAAUGACAACAGUAAAAGAUCAGAAUGAAACAGAAUGAAAGUUGUGAAUUUUGUUUCAUUUUUCAUGUAAAGAUCCAGUGUUAGCGUCAGUUCUGGCAGGUCACAUCAGUCAAGCUCACAUCAGCUGACUCCCAGGUGACCUAUAGGAAUAUGAUGCCUAUCACAGCAUCCAUAUAUAAGCUCCUCAGUAUUAUCAGCAGCUAUUGCAUUUCUCAGGAGCAAACUACCCUCCUCCAUCCCCAGCUCCUCCUCUCUUUAGUCAGGAUCAGCCUUAUUAUUCUCCUAAUCAGACUAAUUCUUGAAAUAUGUGUACAUGUUAAAUUAUGACAUUUGAUGAUUUCUGCAUAUGUUGGUUCUGUUCUGUUUACCCUAGGGGGGUUAUUGCUGCUCUCCCGGCUCUUAUCCAUACUAGGCUGCAUGGAUGCACAGGGAGUUCUUGCCCAGAACAGAACCAUACCGCCAAUACAAACUCUAUGCAUUAUCAAUCAUAUUUGACGAUAGUGGUCCUGACAGAAAUAAUGUAAAGGUGCUGUUUAUACGACACUGUUUUCAACUAAAAACUAAUUUUUUAUGUGUUUUUUGGCCAUUCAUUUAUACAACAACAGCGUUUUGGUGGCCUGAAAAAAUCAAAUUUUUGAUAAUGAUACUGUCAUAUCCGUGUAAACUACCAAAACAUGAAUUUGUGAAAACGUGAUUUCAUGCACAUGUGUAUUACAUGUUUAGUCUAUCCACCUUAUAGGCCUUUAUCACACUUCCGUGUUCAAAGCGGAAGCUUCAAAUUGUAUCAAUGGCUGUGCCCACAGCACGGGAUUGUUUUGAUUUAUGUAAAAUUCAGCACAGAUACUUCUUAUACAACCUCAGUUUAUUGUGAAUCAGAGAAAAAGGGUGUCAUGAUAUUCAGACGGUUAUUUCGUGAUUUAAAGGGGAACGUGCAAGCCAUACUGUAUGUGUAUGUGCAGAGUCUGAUCACCUUAUUUUAUUGCAAAACUGCAAGAAUACAAAAUGCAAACAACAUAUCACGUUAAAGAGCAUUAGAAUUAGACAAAUCAUAAAAUAUAAUGUCUAUUUUGGGGGGUGGGGUAUUAAAUUAAAGGUUUAAUUAAAGUGCAUUUACUUACUUUCAUGCAUCUACUUAAUGCAAUAAUCAAUAAUUAAAUCAAAGUUGUUUAAAUAAAGGAAUAUUUCCAGCCCAUAGACGAUUGUUAAAAAAUAAUUGGUCUGAUCAUCAUAAAUAAGUCAUAUCGUCCAUAUUUGAGUACAGUGAUUGGAUAGUGUUAUACUCUAGACAAUAAUGGCUGGUAAUAUAAUGCAAAAAUGAACAAAAUAAAAUUAAAUCAGUCUAAUGGUUCCUCUGUAAGUAACUUGAGCUGCGCGCUGCUUGUUAAUCUCCUCAUGACUGACAAUCACAUCUCUCAGAUAGGACUAAUGUUAUACAUAGUAGGGUAUCGUGUAAAUAAACAGUUUUAAAUACUGAUAUUUAUUGUUCAGUUCAACUAAAUUAGUUUAAUUUUCUUCUAAAAACUGAGGUCUGUCCAUUGACAAUAAUGCACGUUUAAAUUACUUUACGCUACUAAUCGGAGCAGGAUGUGACGACACGCGAACUGUGAUAAAGGCCUAUAUUUUUUUCAUUUUAUUUUCUGUGAAGCUGCGAGACUUCCGAUUUAUUAGCAGCUAUAUGGAAAUAAUGAGAAGAAUAUCAAAGUGCAGUAAACUGUAAAAAUAAGUUUGGCGCGAAUGCUCUGUGAAAGAAUGCGUAUGCGCAGGCGCAAAGUCUUUCUUUACAAAGUGAGAUCGCCAAUAUGUGGACAUUAAAUACCAUUCUGUGAAAUCAGUAAUAAAUUAAGGCAGACUUAGAGUGCUAUCCAACUGAUGAUAUGGUUGCAGGUGUAACAAAACCAGCAACAAAGCUCAAGUUAAUAAAAUUUAACUUGACUAUGAUAAAUAUGUAUAAGCUAUACUCUCAUUUGUAUUUGUAAUUUUAUUUGGUUUUCCAGCUUUGUUUUUUUUUUUUCUUUUUUUUUUCUCUGUGGUACAGGCAAUCCAAUCACACUGCGAAGUGUAUGUCAUGUGACCUAAUCUGUUUAAUAGUUUAAUAAAAAUGUGCCAUUUAGAGUGACUGGAUGAUGGGAAAGAGUA